AUGUUCGGCCACUGUCGGUGGACUGUGGACUCAGCACCUCUCCGGGGCCGUUCUGGUGACGAUGUCCCCUUGCGCGGCCCGGGACGCGUGGCGUUCUGGAAAGGCGUUGCAGAAGGCGGCGCGGCGAGCCUGAAGACACCGUCGCGCUGGGUUUCACAAACCCAGAGCCGCUCGUGGGUCGUCGCCACCAUCCGGCUGGACCUGGAAACCGCCUUCUACUUCACCCACUUGAUUUUGGUCUUCAAGUCACCCCGGCCGGCCGCCAUGGUGCUGGAGCGCUCCCAGGACUUCGGCGAGACGUGGAAGCCUUACAAAUACUUUGCUGCUAACUGCUCGGCUGCCUUCGGGCUGGAGGAUGACGUGAGGCAGAGAGGAGCCAUUUGCACUUCCAGAUAUUCGAGUCCCUUCCCCUGCACCGGAGGAGAGGUGAUAUACCGAGCCCUGUCACCGCCCUACGCUGUGGAGGACCCAUACAGCGCGGAAGCCCAGGCGCAGCUGAAGAUCACCAACCUGAGACUGCGACUGCUGGAGUGGCAGGGCUGCCCCUGCCUCCCGCCUGACCCGAACCCCCCACCCCCGCCAACCCUGCACUACGCCGUCUACGACUUCAUCGUGAAGGGCAGCUGCUUCUGCAAUGGCCACGCUGACCACUGCGUCCCCGUUGAUGGAUUCAAGCCCGUCAAGGCAGCCGGCAUUUUCCACGUGGUCCAUGGGAAAUGCAUGUGCAAGCACAACACAGCAGGGUCUCACUGCCAGCACUGUGCCCCACUCUACAACGACCAGCCUUGGCAGGCUGCCGACGGCAAAACCGGAGCCCCCAAGGAGUGUCAGUCGUGCAAGUGUAACGGGCAUGCCGACACGUGUCAUUUUGACAUGGAUGCAUGGCUGGCAUCGGGCAAUCGCAGCGGCGGCGUCUGUGACAACUGUCAGCACAACACAGAAGGGCAGCACUGCCAGCGCUGCAAGCCGGGCUUCUACCGGGACCUCAGGAAGCCCUUCUCUGCCCCGGACGCCUGCAAACCCUCAGAAGCAGGGUGCCUCAGCCAACAGGGGGGCAGCCGAGAAAUAGCAUCACCCACCAGUGCGUGUUCACAGCAGCAGCAGCCUGCUCCUGCCACCCCCUGGGAUCAGUGCGACCCCCGCACCGGCGACUGCCGCACCAGCAGCUCGGACAUGACCUGGCACCACGAAGUGCCACCUUUCCAGCCAGUGCUCAACCAGAGCGAGCCCGUCUGGAGCUGGGAGGAGGAGCAGGGCUUCUCGGCGCUCCGGCAUUCCGGUAAAUGCGAAUGUAAAGAGCAAGUUUUAGGGAAUUCCAAGGUCUUCUGCGGGAUGAAGUACACCUACGUGAUCAAGACGAAGAUCUUGUCAGCUCAUGACAAAGGGUCCCAUGCAGAAGUCAAUGUGAAGAUCAAGAAAGUCUUGAAAUCUACAAAGCUAAAAAUCCUUCGGGGCAAGAGGACGCUCUACCCUGAAUCCUGGACUAACAGAGGCUGCACUUGUCCCAUCCUCAAUCCCGGCUUGGAGUACCUCGUGGCAGGACAUGAGGACGUCCGAACGGGCAGACUCAUCGUCAACAUGAAAAGCUUUGUCCAUCAGUGGAAGUCGGCUCUCGGAAGAAAAGUCCUGGAGAUUCUGAAAAGAGACUGCAACUAGAGGUGCGUGACUGCCUAGGGCAUUUCUUUAUGCACAAAAUGCAACAGCCUUCACAGAGAGAAGACCUCUAGGAUGAAAACUGGAAUGUAAGAAAAUAGUGCCAAAACAUGUAGCGAAGCAUUCA